AUGCCGUUUACACAACUAUUGAGGAUGGAUGUAUUGGUAUUUUCGAAUCGCCAACUGGUAGAAUUUUUCGGUAAAUCUCUGAGUUUGAUAUGUGGUGCCCUGACCUGGCUCCGCGAACAUAAGUCAAAAUCGAUAGAAUCGCAAUUGAAAGAAGAUGGAGAAGACGAUGGAGCGCCCGACUGGGUGAAACAAUUUGCCAGGGACGAGAAGAAGCAGAAUCUAUUGCAAGAGAAGGCUGAUAUGGAAGCUCGGCUUGCGGAUAUUCGGGAGAAGGAGAAAAGGGAGAAGCAGCUCGCGAACAGCAGUUCAAAUCUGAAGAUAAAACGACGGUACAUUGCUGUAUGGUUAACUGGUGAACAGAAAGGCGAAAUAGAAGUUGAGGUUGAUGGUAACGGCGAUGAAGCCCAGUUUUGUUUAGAAGAUUAUGAGAGCGGGGACGAAGACGGUGGUGCUCAGGGUUCUCUGGGAGGCGAUGCGCUCUCACCAGCGAUCUUUUACUGCUCCAGAACUCAUUCUCAGCUGACCCAGUUCAUCAACGAACUCCGCCGUGUCAAGUUUCCUCCGUCUUCCCCUGGAGGAGAGGGUUCGGCUUUGGAGGAAGAAGUGAAACAUUUAUCGCUCGGCUCGAGGAAAAAUCUCUGCAUAAAUCCCAAAGUUACAAAGCUUGGGAACCCCACUGCCAUCAACGAGAGAUGUUUGGAGCUACAGCGAUCAGGGGCUUCUGAAGCAUCACGGUGCGAAUUUCUCCCGGGAAGGGAUGACCAAGUAGCUGUGCGUGAUUUCAGGGACCAUACACUUGCCAAGAUCCGUGAUAUCGAAGAUUUGGCAUCCCUUGGAAGAAAGAUGGGUAUUUGUCCAUACUACGCAUCAAGACCCACGAUAAAGCCUAGUGAGAUAGUCACCUUGCCCUACCCACUCUUGCUUCAGAAAUCAGCUCGCGAGGCGCUUGAUCUUUCUCUAAAGGGCCAUAUAGUUAUCGUAGACGAAGCACAUAACUUGAUAAACGCGAUAUCGUCAAUUUACUCUAUUACGGUUUCUCUAGCUCAGCUGCAGCGCUCCAAAUCUCAACUCGACAUUUAUUUGGCAAGGUUUAAAAAUAGACUAAAGGGUAAGAACAAAGUCUACGUCAUGCAGACCUUGCGAAUCAUAGCGUCGCUCGCAUCAUACCUAGAAGAAAUCUCCAAGAAAUCCAAAGAAGGAGUUAUCGCUCCAGGCGACCUUCUGGCUAUGCAAGGGAUCGACCAGGUCAACUUCUACAAACUCCAAACAUACCUUAACGAGAGCAAGCUAGCGCGCAAAGUGGAAGGCUACAUCGUGCAUAAGCAGGCCAAAGAGCAGGAGAAGAACAAGCUACCUAACAAACCCGGAGGAGCCAAGGCCCUCCAGCCAACAGCUUCCAUACCCGUUCUAACGCAUAUCCAGGGCUUCUUGCUGGCCUUGACAAACCCUUCUGCGGAGGGAAAGCUUUUCCAUGGUAAAACCGAGGAUAAAAAUGAUACAUGUCUCAGGUAUAUGCUGUUGGAUCCAGCUCACCAUUUCCAGGAAAUCGUGGAGGAAGCUAGGGCAGUAAUACUAGCCGGCGGAACAAUGGAGCCGAUGAACGACUACACAAACCACCUUUUCCCUUACCUGCCAAAGGAAAAGAUACGCACGUUAUCCUGCGGACAUGUCAUCCCGAAAGAGAACCUAACUGCUUUACCGGUAACUAAAGGACCAGGUGGAAGGGAGUUUGAGUUCACCUUUGAGAAACGAAUGCAGCCUGCCAUGAUUGAGGAGCUGGGUAGGGCUAUCGUAAACCUCUGUCAAGUGAUCCCGCAUGGGGUCGUUUGCUUCUUUCCCAGUUAUGCAUAUUUGGAAUUCGUUGUUUCCCAAUGGCGCAAGAAGCCCACCCCCGCAUCCAACACUGCCGCCAAAUCCCUCUGGGAACGUCUCGAAGAUCGAAAAACGGUCUUCCGGGAGUCCAGUGACGGAAGCAGUGUUGAAGAAGUGCUCAGAGAGUAUGCGCAAGCGAUAGACAGCGGCAAAGGAGGUCUUCUCCUGUCAGUUGUUGGCGGGAAAAUGUCAGAAGGGAUAAACUUCAACGACAAUCUUGGCCGUGGGAUCAUCAUGGUCGGUUUGCCCUUCCCCAAUAGCAAUACCGCUGAGUGGCGGGCAAAGCUGGAACAUGCGGAGAAGGCGGCUGGUAGGGAAUUCUACGAGAACGCUUGCAUGAGGGCCGUCAACCAGAGCAUUGGUAGGGCUAUUAGACACAGAGAGGAUUACGCCGUAAUCGCGCUCUUUGACAGAAGGUAUUCCACGGACAGGAUAGCUUCAAAGCUUCCCAAGUGGAUUCAGAAUGGCCUCGUGCGAGGUCCCGUGGAUAAGGUGUUUGGGGAAGUCAUGGUAAUCACUAGUAGGUUCUUCAAGACGAGGGACGCGUUGUGA